AAAAUCGGGUCGGAUUAUAAUAGCCAUUUUCAUCUUGCAUUCUUCUUCAAGCCAAGCUUAAUCGAAGCAGCCGAAGCUUUGAAUCCUUCUGCAGAUUCAUCCUCUCACUGUUAUCGUUCCAAAGAUCUCUGUUUUUCCAUCCAUCCCAAUGUCGAUCUUUGAAUAUAAUGGAAGUGCCUUAGUAGCUAUGGUGGGUAAGAACUGUUUUGCUAUUGCCAGUGAUCGUCGUCUUGGCGUUCAACUUCAGACCAUCGCUACGGAUUUUAAAAGAAUUUACAGUAUUCAUGAUAAGCUCUUCAUUGGUCUAUCUGGGCUUGCAACCGAUGCCCAGACUCUGUAUCAGCGUCUUGUGUUUCGUCAUAAGCUUUAUCAGCUUAGGGAAGAAAGGGAUAUGAAGCCUGAAACUUUUGCAAGCCUUGUUUCUGCUAUUCUUUAUGAGAAAAGAUUUGGUCCAUAUUUCUGUCAGCCUGUAAUUGCUGGAUUGGGAGAAGAUGAUAAACCCUUUAUUUGCACUAUGGAUUCAAUUGGAGCCAAGGAGCUUGCGAAAGACUUUGUUGUGGCUGGUACAGCAUCUGAAUCUCUUUAUGGUGCCUGUGAAGCAAUGUACAAACCUGAUAUGGAAUCUGAAGAAUUGUUCGAGACCAUCUCUCAAGCAUUGCUAGCAUCUGUGGAUAGGGAUUGUUUAAGUGGUUGGGGAGGCCAUGUCUAUCUUGUGACACCAAGUGAAGUAAUAGAAAGGACUUUAAAGGGAAGGAUGGACUGAGAGCAGCUUUAUCUUGUUGUUCUUUGUUGGCUAGGGAUAAGAUUAUGGUUUACAAUUAUUCUCUAUCUGGCUAUGUUGGAUUUCUUGAAGAGUUGUUAAUGGGUCUUUUUCUUUAAUUUGCUGAGACUGAUUGACUUCCUUUGAACCAAUUACUAGUCAAAAAUAUCGAUCAUUUGCUUCUUCUUUGUUACGAUC